UCCCUCUUCUUCUGCUUCUCCACAAUUUCACUUAAUUUUCAGAGGAUCAGAGGCUUUCGACUUUCGAGAGUAGUCUUCUCAAUUUCAUGGCAUUUUCCGGCGCAUCUCUACGGAUCUGACCUUUCACGCUUCACUGCGACUGCUAUUUCUCUGGGUUUCCUAGUCAGGUACUGAUGGAUUCGGAGUGUAAGAGACAAGCAUUAGCUGAAGAUAGGAUCAAUGUGUUGCCAGAUGCACUUCCCUCACACAUACUUUCGUGCAUUGAUCCGAAAUUGACAAAAUGCGUUGUCAGGACCAGCAUUUUGUCUAAAAGGUGGAAGAACAUGUGGGCUUCUGUUCCCAAUCUCUAUUUCAAUGAUCAGGACUUCUCCUCCUCUGCUGGUUUUAUAACCUUUGUGGAUCAUGCGCUUGAUAUUCGUGACUCAUCAGCCAUUAAAAAGUUUGAUCUUUCCUUUACUCGGUUUGAGCUUUGUGCUGAAGCUUUGUCUCGUAUUGACGAUUGGAUCAGCACUGCGGUUAAGUGUCAUGCUGAGCAACUUCGUCUCCAUGUCAAUACAGGGUUCCUCUGUGGCUGCUUUUAAUGAUUUGCGCAAGUUGACGCUAUUUCGUAUUUUCAUCUAUUCUGAAUGGAGUACUUUAAUUGCUGGAGAGAUCACCCAACCUAGAAUGUCUUAUAUUGGAACAUGAGAAUCCUCCUCUCCCACGCAUUGGUGAAUCACAUUUGCGGAUUCAAUUCAAAAUGGUUAGAGCAGGGUACCCAUUUCUGCCGCAUUGGAGUCCACCGGAGUCCGUGGCUAACUGUUUGUCGUCACAUUUGAAGACCAUCUGCAUAAAGGCAUUCAAAGGAAAAAGAUUCUUUGGACAUCUAGAUGAGAUGGAAGUGAUCAAGUAUU